UUUCCAUAGCCUGCGGGUGUGUUUAUAGAGAGCCGGCGAGAGACCACAGGCAGCAAAUUUGUCUUCUUAGGUAUCAGCAAAGUCUUCUCUUUUAACAACUACAGGAUUUAUUUUUAACUGCUUGACUCAGUGUUUGUCAGAUGAUUCGGACCAUCACACUGCAGCUGGGAGUACCCAGCGCGCGGGGGAAGCGGGAAUGGCAAGGGGAAGGGGGCUGGCUGGGAAAAGGGGUGGGAUUUCAGCAUCGUGCCUCUGGGGCUCUGCCUCCCAACGUGGGAGAGAGUUCAGGGCUCCCAGCAGCACGAGUGUAUUUGCGGGUCAGGCUGGGAACUGAAUGGGAAUGGCUGCCUUCGGCUGCUUAACGACAUAAUUGCCCAGCGACCGGGGUCUUGUGAGGAGGAACCCAGGACCCAGGAUCCGGGGACGGGGGACCAGAGCGUGCUGAGCGCUGGUCUCUGCUGCUCGGCGUAUUGCGCUUCGCUCCUGCUGGAUGCUGCCUGUCUCCAGAAGCCUCUCACCAUGAUCGAUAGCUCCAAGAAGCAGCAACAGGGCUUCCCAGAGAUUUUGACCGCUGGGGAUUUCGAGCCAUUAAAAGAAAAGGAAUGCCUUGAGGGGAGCAACCAGAAAAGUCUCAAGGAAGUGCUCCAGCUGAGGCUGCAGCAGAGGAGGACAAGGGAGCAACUGGUGGACCAGGGCAUCAUGCCACCUUUGAAGAGCCCAGCUGCAUUCCAUGAGCAGAUAAAAAGCUUGGAACGAGCCAGAACUGAAAACUUUUUGAAGCAUAAGAUUCGGAGCCGACCAGAUCGUUCUGAACUUGUCAGGAUGCACAUUUUAGAAGAGACAUUUGCAGAGCCGUCCCUGCAGGCCACUCAGAUGAAGCUGAAAAGAGCUCGACUGGCAGAUGAUCUGAAUGAAAAGAUUGCUCAAAGACCUGGUCCUAUGGAGCUGGUAGAGAAGAACAUCCUUCCUGUAGACUCCAGUGUUAAGGAGGCAAUUAUAGGUGUUGGGAAGGAGGACUAUCCUCAGACUCAGGGCGAUUUCUCGUUUGACGAAGACAGCAGUGACGCCUUGUCUCCAGACCAGCCGGCCAGCCAGGAGUCACAGGGGUCAGCCGCGUCCCCAAGUGAGCCGAAAGUUAGCGACUCUCCGUCUCCUGUGACUACAAGCACUCCAGCCCAGUUUACUUCAGUGUCCCCUGCAGUUCCUGAAUUCUUGAAAACUCCUCCUGUGGAUCAGCCCCCCACCAGGUCCACCGCACCUGUCGUCCCCACGAAUACUGUGUCCUCAGCAAAGCCUGGGCCGGCGCUAGUAAAGCAGAGCCAUCCCAAGAACCCCAGCGACAAGCACCGCAGCAAGAAGUGCAAGGACCCCAAGCCGCGGGUGAAGAAGCUAAAGUACCACCAGUACAUCCCGCCCGACCAGAAGGGCGAGAGGAGCGAGCCGCACAUGGACUCCAACUACGCGCGCCUGCUCCAGCAGCAGCAGCUCUUCCUGCAGCUGCAGAUCCUGAGCCAGCAGCAGCAGCACUACAACUACCAGGCCAUCCUGCCCGCGCCGCUCAAGCCACUUAAUGACAAAAAUAACAACAGUGGGAAUUCCACUCUGAACAGUACCACACCUAACCCUCCAAGACAGAAUACAUCUGCUCCUGUGAGAAAGCCGGGACCUCUGCCUUCUAGCUUGGAUGACUUAAAGGUGUCGGAACUGAAGACAGAACUGAAGUUAAGGGGUCUUCCAGUAUCAGGCACCAAACCGGACCUCAUUGAACGCCUGAAACCCUACCAGGAAAUGAACAAUAGCAGUGUCACCGCGGGCGGCGUCCUGACAGUGCCCGCGUCUGCCAUCGUCACCAGUAACCCAGAAGUCACCGUGGCACUGCCCGUCACAACACUACACAACCCCGUGACCAGCUCGGGCUCCUCCUUCAAGGCAGAAUUGCCCCCUGCCGGCACCAGCACUGCCACCCACGUUGAGACCGUCAGCUCCCCUCUGCCCAUCUCACCGUCCCCCUCCGAACAGUCCAGUCUCGGGACCGAGGACACAAACAUGGCAGACACCUUCACCGAGAUCAUGACCAUGAUGUCGCCGGCGCAGUUCCUGUGCUCAUCCCCUCUGCGAGUGACGGGCCCCGAGGACAGCCCGAGCCCCGCCAGCAGCACGCUGUCGAGUCUGGAACUGGACGCGGCUGAGAAGGACCGCAGGCUGCAGGAGAAGGAGAAGCAGAUCGAGGAGCUCAAGAGGAAACUGGAACAAGAGCAGAAGCUCGUGGAAGUUCUGAAAAUGCAGCUCGAGGUGGAAAAGCGAGGGCAGCGGCAGCAGCUGCCGCUGGAACCGCAGCCCGGCACCGCAGCCAGUCCGGCGGCCACGUUAGAUCCGAAACUCGGCGGCACCGGCUCCUCCGUCAAGGACGAGGCCUCGCUCAGCGACUGCUCUGGCUCCAGGCAGCCGGGCCCGGGAGCCGGCCAGCCCGUCGGCCAGCCCCUCUCGGCGGCGGGCCAGGCCCUGGUGGCCAAGAAGGCAGUGGUGAUCAAGCAGGAGGUCGCCGUGGCCCAGGCGGAGCCGCCGAGCGUCGUCCCACAGUUUUACGUGAGUUCACAGGGACAGCCGCCACCUGCCAGUGUCGCUGCGCCUCAGGCUUUACUGACCACACAGACCGCCCAGCUGCUGCUGCCGCUGUCCAUCCAGGGCUCCCGUGUCACCUCAGUGCAGCUCCCCGUAGGCAGCCUCAGACUCCAGACUCCAGCACAAGCAGGAAUCCAGACUCAGCCUCAGACAGCAGCGGCCACGCUGUCCUCGGGCUUAGCCCAGACUGUACCUCAGAAGCAAGACACUUUCACGCCGCAUGUGCUCAAUCAGCCUCAGCAAGUUAGAAAGGUUUUCACAACCUCAGCAUCGAGCGCCGUCCUCCCCUACCCGAGAGCACCCGCCCCAGCGGUCCAGCAGCCCUGUGUUAGCAAGACUCCCCCCGGCGUUCUGCAGCCCAGAAGUGCCCCACUGCCCUCCCUGCAAAAUGGACCUACCACCUCCGGCAAGCCCGGCUCACCCCCGCCACCCCAGCCGUGUGUCGUCCAGCACUCCCUGUUUGGGAGCCCGGUCCCCAAGACGAAAGACCCUCCGCGCUACGAGGAGGCCAUCAAGCAGACACGCAGCGCCCAGUCCUCCCUCCCAGAGAUUUCCAAUGCACACAGUCAGCAGAUGGACGACCUCUUUGAUAUCCUCAUCAAGAGUGGAGAGAUCUCCCUUCCUAUAAAAGAAGAACCGUCCCCCAUCUCCAAAAUGAGACCAGUGACAGCCAGCAUCACCACCAUGCCGGUCAACACAGCGGUGUCCCGGCCACCGCCCCAAGUCCAGAUGGCACCACCCAUCUCCUUAGAACCCAUGAGCAGUUUGUCCGCCAGCUUGGAGAACCAGCUGGAAGCGCUCUUAGAUGGAACUUUCCCUUCAGCCAACGAAAUCGCUCCACUGCCGAGCAGCAGUGAGGACAGAGAGCCCUUCUCUCUGAUCGAGGACCUCCAGAACGAUCUGCUGAGUCACUCGAGUGUGCUGGACCACUCCCACUCCCCCAUGGAGACUUCCGAGGCCCAGUUUGCCGCCAGUACCCCCUGUCUGUCACUGGACCUUUCGGACUCGAACUUGGACAACAUGGAGUGGCUGGACAUCACCAUGCCUAACACGUCAGGACUCACUCCCCUCAGCACCACCGCCCCCAGCAUGUUCUCCGCCGACUUUUUAGACCCACAGGACCUGCCGUUGCCGUGGGACUAACAUCGCUGAUUUCUCGUUCGAGCCUCUGUCGUUUCAGAAGAUGAAGAUCAUUCUCCAAGGUCAGUUUUUAGAGACAGAUUCCGAGUUGCGCUGUUGCAAUUACAAUAUGUCGUCACGGGAAGAACGGAUAGAUGGUCAUAGCCUGGAAACCGAGUGCGAACACAUUUCACGGCGCCCAGCAGUGAGUUUCUCCAACUUAACACAGCACAGGGCCUUCUGAAAAAUCACUGGUUACAGAAGACCCACCUGUUUCUCCAGACUUCGGCAGAGAACGAAUAAAGACAUCCAGAAGAGGGACGUGUGCGGGAGCGCGACACGUGGAUUCUCUGGCCGUCCAUGAACUACAUUUACGCCUCUGCGGUCACCUUCAGACCCGACGCUCAAGGCAGACCGCUCCCCUCCAACGAGAGGACAGCGGCCCUUGCAUGCGGUCCGUCCCAGCCGUGACCGGAGCCGGGCUGUGGGCGGCAGAGGCCGGGGAGGGCGCCCGCCCGUUCCCAGACAGCGGCCACUGCGGACCUCUGCUUCCGUUCGGAAACCAACAUCGUUCA